AUAACUUAACAACACUUUAAAGCUAUAAUUAUUGUUUUUAUUUUUGGCUUGUGUUACCAAUUACAGUGUUUUUAGUCACUGCACAACUGGAACACUGUGGUUAGCAAACAGCUAGAAAUGAGUUACUAAGUACUGAAAGAUAAGCUAUGAACUGAGAAACGGAUAGGCAAUACAUUACAAUCUAACAUAAGAUCACUGACAGAUAUUUAUACUUCCGAAACUCAUUCGAUAUUUGGACUAAAGAAACAUUUUUAUGAGCUCUAUUCAAACAUUACCGAUUGAAGUAAGUUUUGGAGCUAUUAUAUAAUGUACUUCAUCAUUUUGUAGUCAAUGGAUUAUAGAGAUAGGCUGUCCGUUGUGCUACUGGUAGUUACACUUUGUUAAUAAUUAUUACUGUCCAAUUAUUGACUUUCACAAACACAGCUUGGUUUACUUAACACCUUAAACUAUAACCUAGAUUAUUCAAGUUAUUUUCUAUGCAAUUUCAAGUCAUUAAAAACAGCAACAUUUUGUUAUCAUUAUGAAUUUUACUUUCACAAGCCACAGCUUAGUUUAACACCUUCAACAAGCACAGCGUGGUUUAUAUUACCAGCUAUAAAACCUUUCAUUGUAAUUUCGUCAAGCAACACUGCAUAUGGUUACAAACCAACUAUAAAAAAUCUAGUGUCACUAGUUACUGUAUAAGAAAGUCACUGAAAGAUAAGCAAUCACCGGUCUGAGGAAUGCGGAUAGCCCAAUAGGUUUUAUACACUGCGGUUUAACAUACAGCUACUUAAGAAUUGACUUCAGGAUAUAGAGCUAUUCACACAUCAGAAGUUUGAAGUAAGUCUUGUACAUUCUGACUUUGUUCAUUUGAAUCAAUGAAUUAUCUGUCCGUUGUACUACUGGUAGCAACAUUGUUAUCAUGUCCGAACCACCUGGAUUGUACAUCCAUGGCAACAGUUGUAGUCCCUGGUAACUUCACUGAUGCAUGUCCUCAAGAACACUGCUCCACCAUCAAUGAUUUACCAUCUAGUAUCUUCAACAACAGUAUGCAACUACAUUUUCUUUCUGGUCAACACCUCUUGCAACGACACAUUUCUAUGCACAACAUCCCCAGCGGCCAUGUUCAAAUUUCCUCUUCAUGCUCCAGCCCACAGUGUAAUACAAUAAUUCUCUGCCAGGGAGGACCAACUGGAAUGAGCUUUCAAAAUAUCCAGACUGUUGAAAUAGCUGGACUUACGUUCUCAGGUUGCACACACCAGGGAGAGGUCGGCUUUGGUGGUGCAAUAUCUUUCAUAAAUGUCACAAACAUUUCGAUAGUCAACUGUCAUUUCAUUGGCAACCAUAUUACUGGGAACAUUGGAGGUGGCGCACUCUACGUAUCUCAAUCACAAAGUGUGAGCAUUCGGAAUAGUUCUUUUGUUAAUAACUAUGCGUAUUUGUCAAUUCAUCAAUGUAGUGGUGCUGCGUUUUUUCAGAACAACAAUUUCGUCCUAAUACAACAUACUCUUUUUAAAAACAACACAGCCACUUCUGGAGGAGCAAUCUUUGCUGAUCAGAUUGACCUCACCCUGCAUCAGAGUAGCUUCUUCCAGAAUAACGCAACAGAUUCGGGAGGUGCAGUAGAUACUCUAAAUUCUUUGAUAGUGAUUAUUGAAAGUGAAUUUGAGAGCAAUUUGGCAAUUUCGUCAUCAGUCAUUUAUACACGCAACACUACUAUUAGUAUUUUGAGCAGCUCUUUUUUAAACAACACAGCUGUAAGCACCGGAGGUAUUUAUAUACAAGACGGCUCGGUUGUUAGGAGCAACAACAGUGUCUAUUCCAACAACAGUGCAUUAGUAGGCUCUGUCUACAUCUUAUUCAAAGGUUCCAGUUUCUUUGUCAAUAACACGUUCGUAAACAAUCAAGUGGGUGGAGUGAUAGUUGGUACUAGUUGUUCAUUCAUAGGUAACGAUAAUACAUUCAUUAAUAAUAAUGCGAUUAUGUAUAUGACCAGCUGCAACUCUUCGUUCAUUCGCAAUCAGUUUAUUAACAACGCUGCUGAUUUGUAUGGCAUGUUGUUUCAGUAUGGAUCUUUGUCUAUGUCAGAGACUACGUAUGUGAGCAAUUUUACAAGUGGUGCUAUUGCUGUGAACGAUGUUUCAACAGCAUUUUUUGCAGACAGUUCUUUCGAACAAAACAGCUUCCAAUCAACACAAUUGAUAGGCAGUGCUAUCAAUGUUGUGGGUAAUGUUAAUCUAACAGUUUUAAGAAGUAACUUUUCUGAAAACCAGGCAACUUCUGGAGGGGCUAUAGCCGCUACUAGUGGACCAGCAAGAAUAUUUAUUUCAGAUUGCUAUUUCUUUAACAAUAGCGCUGCUUUUGGCGGAGCAAUUUAUUUCAUUUUAACUGGAACAGACUCGGAAUGUAUCAUUAGACACUCUUAUUUCAUCAACAAUUCAGCUACCAACGUUGGUGGUGCUAUAUACAUUUUUUCCAACCUAUUUACAACAAUUCAAAAUUGCUUCUUUCGUCACAAUACUGCGAAAUAUAAUGGGGGGGCAGUGUACAUUCCCGAAGGACAGGUUAGAACUUUCAAAUCUCGAUUCUUAGAUAACUUUGUUGAUGAGUACGGCGGUGCCAUUGCUAUCAAAGGUGACAUAACUACCACACAGUGCGAAUAUAUUGGCAACACAGCAAACGAACGCGGUGGUGCAUUAUCAAUUUUGAAUGGUAACCUCAAUACUUCAAAUAGCUUAUUUGCACAUAAUAAAGGAAGACAAUUCGGUGGAGCAAUUUUCAGCAACAGAUCAAGUGUUGCAAUUUCAAACACCAAAUUUUAUUUCAACCAAGCUUCACUAGGAGGAGCCAUCCAUCAUUUUGCCAGCAAAGUUAGCUGUAGAGAAACAUCGUUUACAAACAACACAAGUAAUGAAUUUGGUGGGGCGGUUUAUAUUCAAAGCGGAUCACAUUCUUCUCAAACAACUCAGUACAAGCUGAACAAUGCUUCUGAAGCUGGGGGUGCAAUAUUUGCUCUUUCAAGCAAUGUAUCGAGCAGCAUGGACACAUACCAAGGGAACAUGGCCAAUAAAUAUGGUGGAGCAGUCUACAUCGACAGUUGUCCUUCAGUUUCAAGACCUUUUAGUGAAACAGGAAACAAUUUAAUUACUUCAAUUGUUUUAUUUGGGGAGCCAGUGUGUAGUAAAUACAAAAACUAUUUAUUAUCACGAGAACCGAAUUGGUUGCAGAUCAACGGCGGUUCAUUAUUCCUCGACAACUGGUGCAGUUUGGCAGGAGGUGCUGUUGUAGCCAUCCAUACUCAAGUAUACGUUUCUGGUGAUGGGCGUACGCUCAUCAGAGGAAAUUCAGCCACUCAUGGAGCUGGGUUAGCACUUGUGUGGAGUAAUGUGAGUAUCUCUUGCCCCACACAAUUGACAAACAAUCAAGCUUCUAUUUCCGGUGGGGGCAUUUACAUGUACAGUAGCAAUAUCCUUAUCUACCUUGGAAUAACUACAGUCGUGAUUGAAGGUAACAUUGCCACCAAAAGCGGAGGUGGUAUCUAUAGCAGUAAAUCUAAAAUUAAAGUUGUCGGAGGAAAGAUGUGCUUUUCUAAGAAUAAUGCUACAUACGGAGGUGCACUGUAUAGCACUGACACCAAGUUGAAUAUAGUGAAACAAGAGGAAAAUGAUACAUCAAAAAUUUUGUUUACAAAAAAUUCCGCUGUACAAGGAGGAGCUAUUUACGUGAUGGAUGUAAUUCAAGAUUGUGAGACACGAUAUAAUACGACGAAAGAGUGCUUUCUACAAACAUUACUAAACAGAUACAACGUAACAAAGGUCCCCAACAACUAUUUUAAUGUCUACUUUAUCAAUAAUACUGCAAGUCUAAGCAGUAAUGCCAUUUUUGGAGGACUACUGGACAGGUGCUCUUUGAACCCAGCAAACGAACUACUUCUUGAUUUUCCUAACCAAACAUUCCUGAGUGGAGCUGACUAUAUUCUAGCUACUGCACAGUUUGCUGGUCUGAUUGAUUAUAGUAAUCUGACAACCAACUACAACCCUGAAAAGGUUUUGCAAGCAGUGAGCGGUGCAAUUGUCCAAGAUUUUGUUUCUUCAGAACCCCUUCAAGCGUGUUAUUGCUUCGGAUACCAGCCUAAUUGUAGCAACUUCCAACAUCCACCUGUGUACGUAAAGAAGGGACAGCUGUUUUCAAUUAGUUUAAUUGCAGUUGAUCAGGUGGGCAAUCCAGUGAAUGCGACAGUGAUCAGCUCCGUUGUCACAGGUAGCCGACUACUCAACAGUAAUAAAGCACUUCAACGUAUUCCCGCUGAAUGUUCACUUCUUGAAUACUCCCUCUAUCCAGACCAAAGUGACCCAACAGCCGACAUUGAACUUUUCGCAAAUGGUCCUUGCAAUAAUAGAGGGGUAUCUAAACGAACAAUAAACGUGGUAUUUCAAGCGUGUACAUGUCCAAUUGGAUUUCAGCAAAGGGAGACCAGAACACAGUGUUUAUGUGAGUGUGAUACAGUAUUACAAUCGUAUAUAACAAGCUGUUCCCUGGAAAAUGAAACCGUGCUUAGAAGACCCAAUGUGUGGAUAGACUAUGUAAACACAAGUACUAAAUCUGGCUAUCUACUAUAUCCGAACUGCCCAUUUGACUAUUGUGUGGAUGAGCUAGUUAGUGUGAACUUAAAUACAGCUCAUGGUGCAGAUUCUCAAUGUGCAUUCAAUCGCACUGGAACACUGUGUGGUGCCUGCAAAGAGAAUCUAAGUGCUGUGCUUGGCAGCUCACAAUGUAGAGAGUGUACCAACAGUUUCAUUUCUCUGCUAAUACCAUUUGCAAUGGCAGGAAUCGUCUUGGUUGCGUUUAUAGUUCUAUUUAACUUGACUGUAACUACGGGUACAAUCAAUGGACUUAUCUUUUAUGCAAACAUGACUUUUGCAAAUCGAUCUCUGUUUGUACCCUCUGGAACUCCCGGUUUGCUCCGAAUAUUCAUUUCAUGGCUUAACCUUGAUCUUGGAAUCGAAACUUGCUUUUAUAAUGGAAUGGACUCGUAUGCUAAAGUUCUUCUUCAACUAGUGUUUCCUUCCUACAUUCUCAUAUUGACCGUACUGAUCAUCAUGCUUUGUGAGUAUUCGGUGAGAUUUUCAACAUUCAUAGGCAAGAAGAGAGAUCCUGUUGGGACACUGUGCACACUUAUCCUGCUCUCCUAUUCCAAGUUCAUUCGCACGAUCAUUGCAAGCUUACAGCAUGCAUACUUAAACUAUCCGGAUGGCUCCAGUGAAACAGUCUGGUUGUAUGAUGCUAAUGUUCCCUACUUCAAACCAAGUCACGCUCCACGGUUCAUUACAGUGUCAGUAAUCAUUAUUCUGGGACUGGUGUAUACAGUGCUUCUUCUGUUUGGCCAGUGGUUGACCAAACUCGGUGGAUGGAUCCCUUUCCGCUGGGUCAACAACCCAAAGUACAAUGAGUUCAUUGUUAAAUACCAUACACAGCUUAAACCCAAACAUCGAUACUGGAUAGGAUUGUUGCUGCUUGUUCGAAUCUCUUACUACACUGUGUCAGCCUUUGUCUCACAAUCUGCCGCCCUACUGUUUCUUAUCCUCAUUGUUCUUAUUCUAUUAAGUCUCAAGCACAUUGCCAGUCAUGUAUAUGAAGUUAAUGCAAUUGAUAACUUAGAGAGUGCUUUUUUGAUUAAUCUUGGAGUCCUAGCAGCUUGCUUAUACUUCUUGCAAGACAGUGAAGGAAUCCCGCCUAUAGCUGCCAGUAUAUCUAUAACAGUUUCUUCGUUUUUUUUCAUUAUGAUUUUUGGAUAUCAUGCCUACACCUUCAUUCUCAAGAACACACGUCUCUGGAUAAGAAUAAUUGCUCUACUCAGGCCAGUUUGGGUGCGUAUGAGAGUGUUAGCGCAGUGUCCUAAUCUACGACGAAACGCAGAUAUAGAUCUACAAGAAGAAGAAGAAGUUGAGCAUGAGGAAAAUCAACUUUUGUUGCAAGAGCUUCCAUAUGCACAAGGAGAGUCUGACGAUGAAGAACAACAUCCGUAUGAGGCUCCAAUAAUCCAGCCUGCUGUUAGAGACAGCCAACCUCGGAACCAAGACCUCGAAGAACUUUUCCAACCGAUAACUGAGCGAGACUACAGACGUUUUCAAGAGCCUUUUAGGCCACAACAACCCACGACAUAUUCAGUUGUUGAGAUCGACCGAAACCCUGAAUGAUAGUAACAAGUAGUGUGUAUCAAUCACCCAUCGAAUUAUAUAUUAUGUUCCUCCUUUAAUUCAUCCUGUGAAACACACAUUCAGCUAGCUAUAUAGCUCAAUGACAUAAUUUACAUUAGAAAUCUGUUCUCAUCCUUCAAAUCACAUUCAUCAUUAACUAGAUAGAUAGAUUCCUUAUAAUACUCUUAGCCACAUAUUGGCACUGGGUUAUACUUAUAGUGUAAUUCUUGUAAAUUGGUUAUCAA